AUGGAUUCAGUAGAGAAAGAGAACGUUGUCUCCUCCGAUGGACCUGAAGAGGCUGAUUCUGCUGGACAAAAUGCCUCGAUGCUGUCAUAUGACCUCAAUAAAAUGCCGGAAGAAAAUGAGUAUCCUUAUAGUGGAAUGUCUCCUGAUAAGAAGAAUGCGUGGCACCUAGCUAUGUGGGCGAAACGAUACCUAAAUCCUUGCGAAUACAACCUCACACGGCUCCAUCUCCGGCUUCAGCUACCCACGACUCUGAAAUGCUCCCACGGUGAUAGUGUCCCUGCAACUGCACGCCCGUUCCUUCCUCUACGCAGUGUACCAAGGCAUGCUCCACAAACGAGCACAACUAACAUUCAGAAUUCGGAGCCAGGCCACGUAAACUUGGCAGCCAAUGCAAAUAACGUAGAUUCACUUGAUCAACAAGCUGAUGACCCCGCUGUUGAUUCUAGUGCUCAGCGUCGCAAAAGACGCAAGACUAUAGAGUUUUGGGCAGUUAAGAUAAUCGAUUCUGACGGCACAAUCAAGCCAGCAAGACUAAGCGUGAGAGAGGCUAUGGAACGGCCUAACGGUAGGAAGAUCGUGCUGAGGUUCAACAGGGCAAAGCAAGCAAUUGGAGACGAAGCUGGACUGUUGAGUGGCGUGCUUGGUCUGUUGGGAACUGACUAUGGAAAAUUUCCUACCUGUGAAAGAAGUUGGCGUAAGAUUACCACUAAAGACAAGGUUUACAACGAAUGCAUCAAGCAAAUUUUCCACUUUGAUGAAGAUAUUGAAGGAACUAUCAAGAAAAAUAUUUUGAAAAGUAUGAGGAAGUCUUGGAAGGAAAGAAUGCUGAGGUUGUACGAUACUUUUUAUGAGCCAACACUUAUGACUGAAGAAAACAUUGAGCAACGUCCGCCUAGAAUCGAUCGAGAGCAUUGGAGAUGGUUCCUUAACUAUCGCGCCGAAGAGGAGACAAAGGAGAAGUGCAAGAAAAAUGCGGCUAAUCGAUCAAAGCAACUAUAUACCCACAUUGGUGGGUCGAAAAGCUUUGCACGGCGGAUGGAAGAAGAUGCUUUAUUCAGGAUAUCAAAUGCGUGA